AUGGCAGGGGCCGAAGCCGCUGCGGAGGCUGCCUCUGGUUCCCCCCCUUCGCCGGCUCCUCCUGUCCGCCAGGAACUUUUUCCAGCGGCCGGCGGCGGUGCCUCCCCCCGGUGGUCGUGGUGGCAGCGGCGGCGGCAGCAGCGGCGGCGGCUCCGCUCGGCGGUGCCUCCCGGGCCGGGGCUGGGGCUGCUGGGGCUGGUUUUUUCUCGCUUCUGCUGCAGUGCCUUAGCUGGACCUAUUGUUGAUCCACAUGUGACAGCAGUUUGGGGGAAGAAGGUUGCACUGAAAUGCAUAAUUGAUGUAAAUGAAACAAUAACGCAAGUUUCUUGGGAGAAGAUACAUGGUAAAAGUUCACAGACUAUUGCUGUUCAUCAUCCUGAAUAUGGAAUAUCUGUUCAAGGAGAAUACCAAGGAAGAGUGUCAUUUAAAAACUACUCGCUUACUGAUGCAACAAUCAUCUUAAAAAAUGUUAGCUUUUCUGAUGCAGGAGAAUAUGUUUGCAAGGCAGUUACAUUCCCACUUGGAAAUACACAGUCAUCAACAACUGUAACCGUACUAGUUGAACCUGUUGUGAGCUUAACAAAAGGACCAAACCCUCUAAUAGAUGGUGCAAAUCGGACAAUAGCAGCCACUUGUACAGCAGCCACUGGAAAACCUGCUGCAGAGAUUGACUGGGAAGGAGGUCUUGGUGAAAUGGAAUCCAGCUCUACUUUGUUUCCAAAUGAAACGGUGACAGUUGUAAGUCAGUAUAUGAUUGUCCCUACACGAUUUGCAAGAGGAAGACAUAUAACUUGUAUUGUGAGGCACCCUGCUUUGGAAAAGGAGAUUAGAUACCCUCACGUGUUGGACAUACAGUAUGCCCCAGAAGUUUCAGUAACUGGCUAUGAUGGAAACUGGUUCAUUGGAAGAGAGAACGUUCAGCUCAGAUGUAAUGCUGAUGCAAAUCCAUUACCUAUGGAAUUUAUGUGGACCAGGCUGGAUGGACAAUGGCCUGAAGGAUUGCUAUCUGUCAACAAUACUCUGCAGUUCAGCAGCCCGUUGACUUACAACUACACUGGGACUUAUAUCUGUAAGGUGACUAAUUCCCUUGGUCAGAGAAGUGAUCAGAAGACUAUCUACAUAUUAGAUCCUCCUACUACUACCACUCGACUGCCCACGGUUCCCUGGCAUCCUUCGACUGAUGGCAUCACAGGUUUAGCAACAGAACCUAGAAUAAUAGAUUUCCCAACAUCAACCUUGCCAGCAAUGCAGGAAGACACUUGGGGUACCGUCAUCGGUAGUGCGGUGGGUGGGGCUCUCUUCUUCAUACUGGUCAGUGUUCUGGUUGGAAUUAUCUGCUAUAGGAGAAGACGGACGUUUCGUGGUGACUACUUUGCUAAGAACUACAUUCCACCGUCAGAUAUGCAAAAAGAGUCUCAAAUAGAUGUUCUUCAGUCAGAUGAUGUGGAUUCUUACCCUGACAGUAUAAAAAAAGAAAUAAAGCAUCCAAUGAACAGCUUAAUAUCUAAAGAUUAUUUAGAAGAUCCUGAAAAACCAGAGUGGAACAAUAUAGACAAUAUUAACAGGUACCAGGAACGUUACGAAAGACCAAUGGAUUACUAUGAAGGUGGAACUUUGGGAAUGAAGUAUAUGGGUGGUGAAUGCUAUGAUGACAAUGAAGAAGACUUUGUUUCUCACAUAGAUGGCUCGGUAAUAUCUCGGAGGGAGUGGUAUGUUUAGUAACCACUGAAAAGGAAAUAUGUACCUACAGUUCAUUUCAUUGGCUGAUCACUUUCAGAUUGUUUAUACUUACACAAGAGGAGGAAUAAACUUUUUGAAACUGAUUUUUUUUUUGAAGGUUUUUAUAUUGUGACUUGACACAUGGAAAUAUUGAAUCUGGGGAAAAUGUAUUUGAGCUG